UGUUGAGAGGGAUCGCGUUAUGAGGGAUACAAACAGACGAAAGCUUGCCAGGUGCCAAAGAGGAGCUUGGUCAGCAAUGGGCAUGCGUUCAGCUUUCUGCUCUCAUAUAAAACCGAUGCCUGAUCCCUCUUCUCGGUUUGUCAAAUCCGCUUCGUGCAGAGUGCAGGUGUAGAUAGCGCUGUGUUAACAGACUGCCGAUCAGUUUGACAGCAAACGAUCAACAAGUGCCCUCAGUUUUUGAUUCUUGUGAAUAUUACCGAUUCGCGUUCGAGAUGGAUCUUACAUGUGCCGAACAAAUCGAAGUGAUGAUACACGCUGAAAAGGACUUCCGUAUUUUAAAAGAUCCACGUGUGUUAGCCACUAUGUAUAAUCAAGAGAGAAGAUUCACCCCUCAAUGUAAUUAUUUCCUCGAAGUUCAGACCGAAAUUCAGCCCUUUAUGAGACAGGUUGUAACGACUUGGAUGCAUGAGGUCUGCGAAGAGCAAAUGUGCGAGGACCAAGUUUUCCCUCUGGCUGUCAACUGCAUGGACAGAUUCCUGUGUUUAUGUCCUAUCAAAAGACAACAACUUCAACUCCUUGGGGCCGUCUGUCUCCUCAUAGCCUCAAAAUUGAGGAGUACCAAUUCAUUUCCAAUUGAAAUUCUGUGUGCCUAUACUGACUACAGUGUGUCCCAUGCGAACAUGGUGGCUUGGGAAUUGUUGGUCCUGUCGAAAUUGAAGUGGAACGUUGCAUCGAUCACGGGUUUCGAUUACAUCGACCAAAUAAUCGAGAUGUUCCCAUGGGGAUCCGAAAGUAAUCUUCUGCAUCGACAUGCUCGUACAUUGGUGUCCAUCUCGUAUACAGAUUCCAAACUCAUAAGGACCCCACCGUCCCUGAUUGCAGCAGCUUGCCUCACAUCGGCCAUCCGUGGCUUGAGGCUAAGAUCUACGAACCAGGCAGUCAACGAUAUAUGCAGAAUUGCCGCAGUAAGUCCGGCCAGCUUAGACACGUACGUGAGAAUAGUGGACGAGGCAGUGGAAAGGAGCGUGCCAAGAUCGCCCCCGUCCUCGCCAGAGCCCAAAAUACAGGGCUACGAGAGCCCACAACACGGACCCAACACGCCGACAGAGGUCGAGAACAUAUACUUUUAAAAAUCCGGAGUCGCCUUUGAAUGUUGAAUAUUCGAAAAUUGUUUGUGUUAUCUUGUUUAUAUGUUUAUAAUCACGGAUUUUAUUCGCGUUUUUCUGUUAUUGGUAUGGAAUAUAGCCUAAUUUUAUAGCUGCGAUCGAAAAUUUGGAUUGUUUUAACUUUAUUGCUUCAAUCAGCAAUGCAUUCUCAUAAAUGUCCAAAGAAAUAAUUGUACUUAAGACUGGACAAAUCCAAUGAUCUCUUUUAUGCCAGAAAAAGGUUUGUCGUAUUUUUAUUGUAUUUAGCGUGUACCAUCGAAAAAUGAUCUCAUUUAUUAGGUUAUGUAAAAUCGAAACAAUUGAGAACAGGUUCUGUUGUUUCCCCAUCGAAUAUGUAAUAGUUAAUAGCUCUAACUACCAGUACAAUUGACUAGAUUCGGCCAAAUUUUUUAUACCCUGCGCCAGUAUUUUACCAUUGCAACCAAAAAUUUACCGACUUCAUCUUAUGGAUCUCAAGGAAAUGUUGAAAUAAAAUAAAAGGCGGAUCAGUACGAUUGGUUCGAUUUUUUUUUAAUGUUAGUAAGUAAUCAGCUGUGAUGUAAUAGAAUUAAACCACAAAAAUUCCAAAUUUUCUCCAAGUUUUUACGGAUUUUAAGAUUGUUUCAGAAUUCAUUUUUGGUGUGAAUGUGUUUUGGUUAAUGGUUUGUUAUCUAGUCUUUAGAUAAAUAUUAAGUUUUAAAUUAAGAAACUUGUACAUAGAAAGAAGAAGUUGAAUCUCUUGUGUCUUGAACUUUUUCUUCAUUUUUAAGUAUUUAUUACCAUUUAGUAUUUAUUUUGUAAAACCAAAGCUGUUCAUUUUUAGUACUUUCAAGGAUAUUUAUUUUGUUUUAGACUUAGUCUGUUUGGACUGUAUAUACUAUUUUUAGUAAAGAUUUUGAUAAAA